AUGGCUAAAUACUUCGAAAAUAAAAGGAUAUUAGUGACCGGUGGAUGUUCAGGCAUCGGUCGUGGUACUGUCAUCGAACUUUGGCGACUUGGAGCCACAGUAGUUGCUAUCUCGCAUCAAGAAGAAAACCUACAAAAAUUAAAAAAUGAAUACCCCUCAAUCGAAAUAGCCUGUGUCGAUCUACGAGAUUGGGAUACAACACGAGAAAUAGUCGAAUCGCUUGGAAUUUUUCAUGGUUUGGUAAACUGUGCAGGAUUUAUACAGAAUCAACCAGUUCUAGAUUGCUCCCCGGAUAUUUUUGACCAAACAAUGCAAGUAAACGUUAGGGCUAUAGUAAAUAUAUCCCAAAUUGUCGCCAGAAAAAUGAUAGAUAAUAAAAUUAACGGGUCGAUUGUUAACAUUUCCUCGCAAGGGUCAAAAGCAGCAUUAAAAGAUCACUUAGCCUAUUGCACAUCAAAAGGUGCUUUGGAUGCAAUGACUCGUGUGAUGGCAUUGGAACUAGGACCUCAUGGUAUUCGAGUAAAUACUAUCAAUCCAACUGUAAUAAUGACAGAUUUGGGGCGAAGAGCUUGGGCUGAUCCUGAGAAAGCACAAACUAUGCUUUCUAAAAUACCUUUGGGCAGGUUUGGCGAAGUACAAGAAGCAGUAAACGCCAUAGUUUUCCUUCUCAGCGACAAAUCAAGCAUGAUAAACGGUGUCCAUUUACCUGUUGACGGGGGUUUUCUGGCAACAUAA